UCUGGAAACGGCUCAACACGCUUCUUCUCUUGGGGCAACAGAGUCACUUUCCUUCGUAAACCUAAACAUGCAGAAUCUGAUCUGAGCUAGUCGAUCGUUUUAACCGUGAUGAAAGGUGUCGUUAGAUCAGCUCCGUGUACCGCGGUCAGGCUCGGAGUUCAGGGUCGGCGGGAUGAGACGCUGCGCUCCAUAAAGCGCGCCGAGCACUUGGUGCUCCAGUCCCAUGUGCACACGCUGGAUUCCGCCACGCGCUUUCGGACACCACCGUUUUUAUCCAAGCUCCCGGAUUUAGCGCUUUUGGCUCACAGUAUGAUCCUAAAUCACCGUGACGAUGGAAUUAAAACCAGACCUAAAUCCUCCGGCACUAUGUUGCAUUCAUUGGGCAUGAGCGGCCCGUUCCCGUCACCUGCACUGCGCGAACAAAGUGCAGGCCUCAGCACAGCAGUGGCUGCUGAAUACACCCGUGCUGUACGGCAAGUGGAAGGGAGUUUACGAAGACAGGCAGGGAGGAUCACCGAGGAAGCCACUAGACUGGACCAUCAGAAAGAGAAACUGGAGAAACUUUUGCGAAGUGUCAGGACGACAUUGCGCAUCAACCAGAACACGACAGACGAGCGCGCACGAAGACCAGCCACUGAGACAGAAAAAGAUGGAGCUGAUCAUCUGCUCUGCCAUGAGAAAAAAUGCCUUAGUGAGCAGAAGCAGAAACUGGAGACUCUGCUGAGAGAAACUUUAAAUCAGCUGCAGUCUUUAGCUCAGAGCAGCAGAAGGCUACUGGACUGUGCCUUAGAAAGGUCCAGGGUAAUUGAGCUGCUCCCUCAACAUGGAUCACCUUCAGCAGCUGGGAAUCUCUCAUUUUCUCCUCUCUCUCUGAAACCUGACCCCUCUGGUCCAUUUACCCCAGAGUGUAAAGAGGCAAUAGAUUCAUCCACAACUGUGCUGCAGAUGUCUCAGCAGCUCAGCAAGAGCAUUGAACAGAUCAUGUGUGACGCCAUCAUUAAACAGACAACUUUACAUCGCACAGUCAAUGAGGGCCUUUUAAAGAAAAUCUCAGAAACCCAGAAUCUACAGCAACGUCUAAUGCUGAGCUCUGCAGCCACUAGACAGGCCAUCUACCGUAAACAGAGACAGAUGCAGUGUGCCAGCUACAGCCAUGGCAGAGCUUUGGGUCCAGUUUCCUCUGAUGAUUUCUUCUGCAGAGAGAGAAACAAUAGGCCUGUUGUGCAGGUGUAUGAUAGACACCCAAAUUUUGUGCUGCCUGAGUCCAGACUUCUGACACAGGGCAGUGUUGCACUGAAGGAACAUUUGGAUUGUGGAGAGAAAGCCAUAGAAGAGCUGCAGGUUGCACAUUUGCAGCUGGAGGAUGACUCGUGUGCAAAAAAAGUGGCAGCGAGUGUGGACUCCGGCAUAAUCCGGCUUCGAAGAAGAAGUAUUCCUCGCAUGUUUGUCCAGUCAGCAAGCACAUAAAAUUAUAAUCUAUGGCAGCACUAUCAAACUCAUAUGUACAUCUUUGAGGCCAGUAUUAAACAGGGCUGAGCAUGUGAGUAUAUUAUAAAUGUAUUGAAAUUAGUUUUUAAAAAAUUAGAACAGAUUAACUUACUCAAUUUUACCUCUUUAUCAGUAAUAAAGUUACUAAUUGCAUUGAUGAUGUUUGACCGGCAUCUUUAUACAGAGUGCCUUAUAUUUAUAAGACUAAGGGUUAAGGUCCUUGCUCAGGUGCCUAAGCUUGGUGGACCUGGGAUUUGAACUCACAACCUCCCAAUCAGUAGGCUAACUCCUUAACCACUGAGCUACCACUAUACUUAUCAUGGAUACUGUCAGUGUUUUUACUGUGUUUAUUGUCAUUACUGAUCUGAUUAGUGUCUGUGUGAAUUUCCAGUGUAUGUUGCCUGCAAUGGUUUCCUUCCACCUCCUAAAAACACGGCAGUAGGUGGAAUGGCUAAGAUAUAUUUGCUGUGAAUGAGUAUGUGUGCACGCUUCCCUGUGAUAGAUUGGCAUUCCGUCCAGGAUGCAAUCAUGUCUCAUGCCCAGUUUUCCCAAAAUCCACUGUGACCCUGGCCAGGAUAAAGUAGCUACUAACAUGUUUGAACAUAAAGAUAAAGAAAAGUCCUGAGGUCCUAUGAAAGCUAAGCAAUUGCAUUGAAUACUUAAUUAUUUUAAAAAGUCACACCUACAUUUUGAAUGAAUUAAGGCUUACCUUGCUAGGUAGAAAAUAGCAGUUUAUUGCAGUUAUAAAACAGUCCAAUAUAUAUGAGAUGUAUUGUACUUAAACAUUCACCUACACAAGGUUACACACUCAGUGGCACUUGGAACUCACUGAUGUACCAUGUAAAACACUGUUCCCUCAUUAGAGAUUUUAUUUUAAAGUAAUUAAGUAAACUGUAAUACUAAAUAAUACACAAGCAUUUGCUAAUAAAAUUGAUAUGUUCAAAAGAGAA